AUGUCUCUGAUGAAGAAAGAGAUUUUGAUACUCCUUGUUGUUUGUAAUAUUUUGCAAUUCGUCCCAUGUUUAGCUAUGCGUCCACCCUUCAUAUAUGUUCAAACUUCAAAUGAUUCUUCUAAAAAUUCAAGAUUGGAACCCAAGUUUGUAAAUCCUCUCAGCUGGGGUGCAGUUGCAAGAUUGAAUAAUUCACCUAAAUUAAAAAAUCCCGUUCCAUAUGUUAUUUUUUAUCAAACCAACACUGAAGAGUGUUACAACAGAACCCACUGUUCUGAAAUAGUAUCAAGAAUUCAUAAAACGAGAAUGAAGCUGAUGAAUGAUAAUCUCCAAUACAAUUUUCUUGUUGGUGGAGAUGGACUUGUUUACGUGGCCCGCGACUGGGAUACCACCAGUGGAGUUACUAAUGGGUAUAACGGUAGAAGUAUUGGAAUAGGCUUAAUCGGGAAUUAUUUUUCAAAGGUAGUACCUGAUGCUCUAAUUCGCAAUGCAAUCAAACUAAUUGAGUUUGGUACUAAAAAUGGUAAAAUAAACGAAGAUGCUCAUUAUAUUAGCAUCCCUCCAAUGGCUUUUAUUGUCGAAUAUGUUGAUGAAGUAAUGCAGAAGUUUAUGGAUAAAUUCGAUUAUUCUUAUUCAUAA